AUGGGAGGAGGGAUCCUACAACCUUGUUCGAGGAAAAGGAAGGUGAGAGACGAUGAGCAUAGUAUUGGUGAGGUUGACGAGGGAUCUAUUGAUGUUUUGGGUGCACAUCCUGGUAUUCCAUUGGUUACUUCAAAUCCAAACAUGAAACCUAGAGUCACUUUUGUACUUGAGAAGGCAUCUUUGACACUUGCCUUUGUUGGGAAGAACUAUCAUAUUUUGAAUCAAGAAAAACAUGCUGAGUUCUUGCGGCGGAAGAGAAUGGAUCCAUACAAAUAUAGGCCUGAUAUAGUUCAUGAGGCUCUUGUCCAUAUCAUGUAUUCUCGAAUUUGUAUGGCUGGAUUAGUUCAGGCGGUAUUCGUAAGAACUGAUGAAGGGGUUCUCAUCAAAGUUGACCCUCAUACUCGAAUACCAGAAUCAUUGGAUGAAUUUUGUGAUAUGAUGUCUCAAUUGUUGCAAAAGCUUAGCACUAAAGCCAAAGGCAACCGUGGAAAACUAUUGCAAGUGGUCAAAAAUCCUGUGAUCCAGUACUUACCUGUCAAUUGCGUGAAGAUCGGUCUUUCCUCAAGUUCCAAAAAGGUGAUUGAACCACGAGAUUACCUCAAAACGUUUAGCAACGACGUCAAUCUAGUAUUUGUGAUUGGAGCAAUGGCUCAUGGCAAAAUUGACGAUGAAAACAUAGAUGAAUUGAUAUCAGUUUCUGGAUAUCACUUAAGUGCUAGAGUUUGUCUACGCAUGAUAUACGAGAGUUUGGCUAAAAAAUAUGAAAUCUGGUGACUUCUCACAUUCUUGUAUAGCCGCCCAAACUAAGCUUUGCAGAAUCAUCAAUAUGCUUUUUAAACAUGCUUUUUUCUUUUCCAUUCUUUUUUUUAAUGAUGUUCAUUUACAUUUGGGCGGGAAUGCCUCUAAUUGUGUAGUGAUCGUUUAGGUCGGUUUUUAUUUAACAAAAAUUGUACUUUGAAUAGCCACAUUUGAGAUCUUUUAUUCAUAUAUAUUUAGAUUGGUUCUUU